AUGAGCAAGUUAAUGCGCCGAGAGCAGCAAUACAAACAAAUACAUAUACACGAACGUCCAGUCUUCGUCAACAUCCUUUACAAAGACAAAAAAUAUGGAAUCCCUCCAUCUCCGCUGACAACCAUGCAACCAGGAGCACUCAUUCUCCUCGCCGCCGGCGUGGCUCAAGCCCGCCUUGGGCCCUGGGAGCGCGCCGCACCCCUGCAGCCCCGCAACACGGACGAAGCGGUGAUAGUGACGAGCAAAAAAGUAAUCGUCGAGUGCGGCCAGGGAGCUUCGUUGUCCGAGCUGACCGAAAUGAUCACGGCGACUGGCGGCAACGUGGUCAAGACGUUCGACUCGGACGUCUUUGUCGGGCUGAGCGUCGAGACGGACGACGCGGACAGCCUUGACAGUAUUGUGCGUGACGGCAGAGGGUUGGCGGCCCGGGCGUGGCCAGUCGGCAGGGUUGAGGUGGCCCCUGUGCAGCCAAGUUUGGCAUUCAGCGACGAUGCGGCCGCUACAAAUUGGUCGGUGCACUAUUCGACCGGUGUAGAUGGGCUUCACGAAAAGGGCGUGUUUGGGAAGGGGGUUAGGAUUGCAAUUAUCGAUUCAGGGGUUGAAUAUACCCAUCCUGCUCUGGGUGGGGGACUCGGGGCCGGGUUCAAGGUUUCCGGAGGAUACGAUCUGGUUGGCGAUGCGUAUGAUGGCUCGAACGAGAAAAUCCCCGAUGCUGACCCCAUGGAUCAUCUUGGUCACGGUACUCAUGUGGCUGGUAUAAUCGCAGGGAAGAGUGAUUUCUUUGUCGGUGUCGCACCAGAAGCCGAAAUACUGGCCUUCAAAGUCUUUGGCGCUUUUGAAGGCACCGACGAAGACACCCUGGUUGACGCCACAAUCAUGGCCUACGAGGCCGGCGUCGACAUUAUCACAGCCAGCAUUGGUCGCGCCUCGGGUUGGGCUGACGGAGCCUGGGCAACCAUUGCCUCCCGUAUUGUUGACAAGGGCGUGGUUGUGACCAUCGCUGCCGGUAACAGUGGUGAGGAUGGCCCACUGUACGCCAGUAGCGGGUCGUCUGGCAAAGACGUCCUUGCUGUUGCUUCAGUCGACACGAGUGUCGUCCCCGCCAAGCCAUGGCACGCAAUCUUUUCCCUCAACGGCACCUCCAACACCACGCUAAUGGCCUACAUACCAUCCUCGAACCGCCCCCUGUGGAACUUUACCGGUCUCCCCAUCGUCACCCUAUCCCUGGAUGCAGCCAGCCCCUUUACCGGCUGUAACCCCCUACCGGCCGACACGCCCGAUCUAUCCAACUCGAUCGUUCUCGUCCAUCGCACCCAAUCCUGCUCCUACUACACCGUCCAGGCAAACCUCGAACCCUUCAACGCCACCGCCAUCCUCCUGCAAAACAACGACAACCGGCCCUUUGCGCCCGUCAACAACAACCAAUACAAAUCCGUGCUCGCCGUCGUCGACUCCCCUUCCGGCACCGCCAUCCUUGCCGCCCUUCGCGCCGGCGGCAACGUUACAGCCGAUUUCACACCGCCUUCAGACCCGGACUGGGCCGUCGGGUUCCGCGACUCGGCUGGCGGGAUCCCGUCCUAUUUCUCCUCGUGGGGCGGGACCAACGAACUCGAGAUCAAGCCCGACGUCGCCGCUCCGGGAGACGACAUCUAUAGCACGUAUUUGGAUGGGCGCUACGCAGUCCUGAGCGGCACAUCAAUGGCCACACCGUACCUCGCCGGCGUUGCGGCGCUUUACAUCAGCCAGCACGGCGGGCGCACGACGCACGGCCCAGGUUUCGCGCGUUGGUUGGCGCGGCGGAUCAUCAGCAGCGGCGAGACGCUGCCGUGGCAGGCGAUGCAGCCCCAGGCCGCGCCGACCGACUUUGGCUUUGCGGCUCCGGUGGCGCAGGUUGGCAGCGGGCUUGUCAACGCCACCAAGUUGUUGGAGCAGGUGACGGCCGUGUCGUUUGACGCGUUUGCGCUCAACGAUACGGUCAAUUUUAGGGCCAGUCAAAGCGUCGAGGUUACUAAUCGUGGUGCCGAACCGCUGACGUAUACUUUUGAGCUGCAGCCUGCGGGCGGGUUCAACAUGCAGGGCAGGACGUCGGGGUUGUUGGCUGAUGUUCUUGACGUGGCGCCGUUUGCUUUAGUGCCGAAUGUGACUUUUCCAGAGGGAAACUUUACUGUGCAGCCUGGUGAGACUAAGACUGCUAGGUUCACAUUCGUUGCACCGACUGUCGGUGAUGAAUCCAAGCUGCCCGUUUACAGUGGCAAGGUCUUGAUCAAGGCCAGUAACGGGGAGAAUGUGGGCAUUCCCUACUAUGGGGCUGCGUUCAACCUCAAAGCUCAGAUGAAAAACAAAAUCUUCCCUUCACCGUACCCAGUGCAGAGAUCCGGCCCUCAAAACCAAAACAUAGAUGUUUACAACUCCUACGCUUUCAACGUCAGUCUGCGAGCUCAAGACUUCCCCAAAAUCCAAACCAACUUCAAAUGGGGCGUCAAGGAGCUCCGAUGGGACAUCUUCGACGCCACCUACAACGAAUCGCAAUGGUCGUACCCACCAGCCGUUGCAACCGGUGGGUUCGUAGGCUCGGCAACGUAUUCACUAUCAGCAAGUAGGGCGCUCAAUUUUGACCCGGCCACCAUGGACAGAGAGCGCGUAGCACCGUUCCCGGUCACGGGCAUCGAGCGAACUUCGUCUUGGACCGAGCUCGGGAAGAGGUUUUGGUGGAUGGGGAAGUUAGCUAAUGGGAGCUACAUUGCACCGGGGACUUAUAAAAUGCGCUUUGCAGCUUUAACUCCCUUCAGUGACCCGAAAGAGGCUGAUAGCUGGCAUGUUUGGAAGACGCCGGACAUUACCAUCCGACCUUAUCAGGUCUAG